AUGGCACCCGACUCCUCUAAUGGGUUGCCCUUCGACCUGACCCAUAGCGACAACAACCAACCCGCUUGCGAUGCUGGCGACAGAUCCUGGCAGAAUACCGGCCGACAGACCCCCGACAGCAGCCAUAACCUAAGGCUAACAAAUUCCAACCCGGGCCCUACCUCGCUACCUGGUUCGCUUCCUGCUGGCGCCCCCUGGCACGAUGAGCCUCCUCGCAAAAGCAGCGAGAGAAACAGGUCGCGCCAGAGAAGCGGUCGUUCUGCCAGCGGCCAGGUCCGUACCUGCAAAAAGUGUGGCGAGCCCUUGACUGGCCAGUUUGUUCGUGCUCUCGACGGCACCUUUCAUCUUGAUUGCUUCAAAUGUAGAGAUUGCGGUGAAAUUGUUGCCUCAAAAUUCUUUCCUGCCGACGACGAGAACGGCGAGGGUCAAUACCCCCUCUGCGAAACCGACUACUUUAGACGACUUGGCCUCCUUUGUUUUCAGUGUGGCGGCGCCCUACGCGGUUCAUACAUAACGGCUCUGGACCGCAAAUAUCACGUCGAUCACUUUACCUGCUCCAUGUGCGACACCGUAUUCGGCGCCCAAGACAGCUACUAUGAACAUGACGGCAACGUCUACUGCCACUACCAUUACUCCACAAGAUUCGCUCAACGAUGCAAUGGUUGCCAGACUGCCAUUCUCAAGCAGUUUGUCGAGAUUUUCCGGAAUGGGCAGAACCAACACUGGCACCCCGAAUGCUAUAUGAUCCACAAGUUCUGGAAUGUCCGUCUUGGCCAGCCUUCAGACGAUCCUGAGCCGCCUCUCGACCUGGCCGAUCCUACUGCUAGAGAAUUGAUUCGCGUCGAUGAAGAGCGCAUGGAAGAUAAAGUGUAUCGGAUAUGGAGCGUCUUGUCGACGUUUGAGGAAUCGUCUGCAGCCUGCAUCUCAGACAUGUUGCUUCAUGUCAGCAACGGAUCUUAUGUUGAUGGUGUGCUUGUGGCUAAACGCUUCAUUUGGCAUGUUGAGAUUCUCUUCCGUUCAGCCGACAGAUUGGAUCAACUAGUCACCCAAAAGUCCGAAAAGGGCAUGUCCUAUGGGCGUGAAGCAAAGCUACUUUGCAAGAAAAUCGUGUCCUUCUUCUCCCUUCUGUCGAAAGCGCAAGACUCCGAUGCGCGUAAGCUCGGUGUGACCCAGGAACUUCUCUCUCUUGUGACCGGUCUGGCACACUACCUGAAGCUUUUGAUUCGCAUAUGUCUACAGGGCGCCUUACGGUUUGAACGUGAGAUGCAAGAUAGUGACGGCCUUCAUCAAUUCCUUGAUGAUCUCAACGAUUUUGAAUCUUUCAAAAAUGAUGAGACAGCGAGCAUGAUUGACGGCCGUCUCGCCGCAAAGGACUCUGACCACUGUGGUGUCUGCAGACGGUCCGUCGAGGACGAAUGCGCGACUAGUGGCGAUUACAGAUGGCAUAUAGCCUGCCUCCGAUGCUCCAGAUGCGGUCGUGAACUUGGCCGUGCCCUCGCAGAAGCAGCCUUUACCCCAUCUGACCGCAAAAUUUCAUGCACCAACUGCACGCCCCCUCAGCACCCAGACACAUCCCUUCGCCUUGAGCAUGUCUCAAAGCUGCAGCAAUAUGUAUUCCUGCUCAAAGUUGCACUUGCGCGACUGUUGGAUAUCCUUCGAAGCAAUGGCACGAUCCCAUACCCUCCGGGCGAGAAGCCUGCCAAUGGACUUGGUCUUGAUCGCCCCAGCCUUGGUGCCGACAAUCGAUCAAAGUCGUAUUCCGCGACGGGAGAUAGAGAGCAUCACCGAGAGUCGACAUAUGAAAACACUUUGAACGAGGUUCGCCGUCUUAGGAGCACGCGCCUCGAUCGUCAUCUUUCAUCCAGCGUUCGACAUGCCCGUACGUCAAGAGUCAUGGACACCGACGGGCGUGGCCCACGCGCUGAGUCGCCUGCUCAGGGUGAGGGCAAGCAUGCGCCCCAAAACUCUACGGAUAUGAUGUUUGGUCAGAAUGACGCCAUCACUCUCGACGACAUCCCCCGUAUCGUGGCCGUUGAGCAAUCGAAGGAGCAGCAGCAACGGGAGUUGGCCCAGGAGUCCCGACGACCCCCCCUGGGUGACAUUGGAAUUGCGGCGCGUCACCAGAGAGCUUUGUCCGCCGGGCAGAGCCAGGAUGUGCGUGCUCCUGACCCGCUCCAGACAAGACUGGUCCGUAAAUUCUUCCCGGAACUCUCUGCUCUGGAAUACUUCAACGUUCGGCAUUUGGCUGUACUUACGAUGCAACCAAUGCUUGAGCCAGAAUUUAGCCUGGAUGAGCUGUUGUCCUUUAUCGAAUCAAGGAAGCAGCCUACCUUUUGGAAGAACCUGGGCAAGGCUUUCAAGAACGACAAGACCAAGAACGUGAAGAAGAAGGGUGUAUUUGGGGUGCCUCUUGAGGUUAUCAUUGAGCGAGACGGCGCCGAAUCAACUGACGGCGUCGGACCUGGUACCUUGCGUAUUCCUGCCAUCAUCGACGACAUUAUUUCAUCCAUGCGCCAGAUGGAUCUCUCUGUGGAGGGUGUCUUCCGAAAGAACGGAAACAUCAAGAAGCAGCAAGAAAUGGUUGAUCGUGUCAACAAUGAAGGCUGUGAUCAGAUCAACUUUAUGGAACAGCCGGUAAUCCAGCUAGCUGCUAUCCUGAAACGAUACCUUCGUGAUCUUCCGGAUCCGCUGAUGACACACAAACUCUAUCGCCUGUGGAUAAGCGCUGCCAAGAUCCCCGAUCUCGCCAAGCGCAAGCAGUGUCUGCACCUGGUGUGCUGCUUGCUACCCAAGAGCCACCGUGAUUGUCUGGAGAUCUUGUUUACGUUUCUUAAGUGGGCCGGCACUUUCCAUCAACUGGACGAGGAGAAUGGCUCCAAGAUGGACGUCCGCAACCUUGCCACCGUCAUUGCGCCUAACAUUCUGACCAACGCUGCCAAGGCACCCGCGCUGGACAGCGAGGCCAUCUAUGUUAUUGACGCCGUCGAAAUCCUCAUCGCCCAUAUUGAGGAGAUGUGUCAGGUUCCGGAUGAUCUUCUUACUCUGCUCAACGAUCCGUACCUCUUCAGCAGCAGCACCGAGAUCACGUCCAAGGAGAUCCUGAAGAGAUUCCAGGACCGCCGCGGACAGAUUCCUGCCGCCGAAAUCACGGAGGUCUACAACCGCCCAGACCUCUCCAGCCGCUCCCCACCCAAGAGAGUAGAGACCGACCCGUCACUGUGGCAAGGCGAGCGUACAGUACGGCCCGUACAGGAUGCACCGCACUAUGCACAGUCGAACCAGGGCACACCGUCGGCAAAAUGGCGUAACCCAGACGACCCAUCACCAUACCAGCAUAGUAACUACAACCGCUCCGAGGGCCACCUCACGCAGACGGAGCAUAAUCCGCACGAGUGGCGCAACUCGGGCUGGCAGCAGCAACAGCAACACCCAGGUGGACUUGGCGUUGGGAACAAUUUCUGA